AGUAAACAAACAGGAGAAGCUGUUUGAAUGAAGCGACAGUCCCAUGAAGAAUUUUCUGUUGUUGUAGCUCAGCUUUUUUCGUUUCUAAUAGAUAAUCAAGAAUGUGUUCAACCGAGAAUUUGAGAGAGUUUGUCGUCGAGCGGCUAACUGCUGCCGCUGAAGACAUUUUUGGAGUUUUUCAGAGAACUAUCGUCGAGUACGAGGCAGAGAUCGAUCGACAGCGCAGACUGCUGGAUACCGUUUUGAAACCUUACAUCAACUUACACAAAAUAGAUGUCCCACAGCAACAUGAGUGUAAAGAGGAGGAGGUUGCUGCUAACCAACAGCUCUGCAACCAAGAGAGGAACUUCAGUUUGGACCAAGAGGAGCCAGAGCAUCCACGGAUUAAGGAGGAACAAGAAGAACUCUGCAGCGGUCUGGAAGAAGAGACGCAGGUGAAUAAUACAUUCACGUUGUCUCCAACUCAUAAGGAAACUGGCCACAGUGAACCUGAACAACAAAAUAAACUGCACCUCUUCUCUCACAACUCUGAUUCCCCUGAGAAUCAGAAUCCUGAAGAAAAUGAGCAUGACUCAGAAUCAAGUGGAACAUCAGAACCAACACACGAGAGAAUUGAGAAAACUGAAACAUCAGAGACUGAUUGUAAUGCUCACCAGAGUCAAAAGUCUUUCAAAUGUGAUACAUGUGGUGAAGAAGUUAAGAGCAAGUCAGAAUUACAGAUACAUCAGCGUCUCCACGAUGGUAAGGAGACGCAUUCAUGUCAGUUUUGUGGGAAAAUGUUCAGCUACAAAUAUGAUUUGAUUAAACAUGCAAGAACCCACACAGGUGAAAGGCCAUUUUCAUGCAGCACAUGUGGAAAAAGUUUCAGUUUUAGCCAUGUGUUGAAGGACCACAUGAGAACACACACCGGUGAGAGGCCUUUCUCCUGCAGAACAUGUGGGAAAGGAUUUAUUCAGAAGACACAUCUGAAUUCUCAUUACACAGUUCAUUCACAUGAAAAGCCAUUUACAUGCACAACAUGUGGCAACACUUUCAGAACAAAACCUGGGUUUAAAGUUCACAUGAAAAUGCACACAGGUGAAAAGCCAUACUCAUGUGCUAUCUGUGGGAAAUCAUUUACCCAUAAUUAUAUUUUGAAUAAGCACAAAAGAAUUCAUACAGGGGACAAACCAUACUCCUGUGUUACCUGUGGGAAAUCAUUUACCCAACAAAAUAUUUUGAAUAAGCACAAACUAAUUCAUACAGAUGAAAAACCGUUUUCUUGCAAAGAAUGUGACAGGUGUUUUAAAUACUCAAAUGAUUUAAAGGUUCACAUGAGAAGAGCUCACACAGGUGAGCGUCCAUACCUUUGUAAGACCUGUGGUAAAAGAUUCUUUGACUCAUCAAAUCUUGCACAACACAUGAAAUCACACAUAGACAAGUAGGCAUAUGCACACAAAUGUGUUGAAGAUGACUGAGUUUAAGGGAUGGUUGUAUCUCUGUUUUAAACCUAGAACAGUUUUCCUCUGAAGGAGGUUCACAGCGCCUUGUGCUAUUCAGAUGUUUGAAUGAUUGUUUUGCCUUCAGUCGUUCUUUAAUGUAUUUUUGCAUUCCAGUGUCGUGUUUGACUGUGUGAUUACGUUUUCCAUGUUCCAUGUUUGUUUGUUUCUAUGCCUGGCUGCAAAGCAAAUUUCCCUUUGGAGACCGUUGAAUAUAGUGUAAAGAUGUUGCUCGUUUUCAUCGUUUUCUGCUAGAAUCAAUACCUAAAUAUAUCUAAAUACUGAGUUUUCUUUUAUUGUAAC